UCCGUCAUAUCGCUCAUCCUGAAAUUGUUGUUUUGAAAACUUCGGCAGGAUAUUUGUAUCCAUAAGAAACUUGAACAUUCGAAAGCAAUAUUUUAAGUGAAAUUUGUUAGCCUAGUUCAGUGAUGUAUAAUUUUAUUAGUUACAAGCUGCAACCAGCCGUUCGAAGCGACACUGUGGAAGAUGACUUCCACCCGCUCUCUAAUCUUAUUGCCAAGAACAAACAGCAACUGGAUCAAGGAUUUAUGGCAUAUUCAGUGACAAAGCCACCGGUCGAAAUAAUAUUCAAUUUGUAUUGUCCAAUAGCAAUUCAUAAUAUUAAAAUCUGGGCCCAGAUAGGUGCGUUGCAAACCACGUCGAUAGAAGUUUAUGGACAGAACAAAAAAGGCAAUUUUGAUAAACUUGGCUAUGGAGAAUCUCAAAAUGCAGCAACGUUCCAAUUUUUAAACGCCAGAAAAGAGGCAACACACCAUCCUGCUCUGCCUGGUGUCGUAAGACAUGUACUGUAUCCUACAAUGGGACACAUAUUGGCAAACUGCUCUGUGAUAAAAAUAGUUUUAAGAAAAACAGCUCGAUGUGUUCCUGUUCUAAGGAAAAUUGAAAUUUGGGGUGAACCAGCAAGAUCGUGUACUCCGUUGAUAAAAGAGGAAGUGCGGAAAAUGUGGCAUGAGAACAUUGAACAUUUUAAUCCAGUGUUCAUAGAACCCAAACAAAUUGAUGAUGGCCCAAACCUGAGUGAUAUUCCGGAGGAUUUCCUUGACGAGCUUACAUGCAGUAUCAUGACUAUACCUUUCAUACUUCCAUCGGGAAAAAUAGUAGAUCAAAUGACAAUCCAUAAACAUAACGAACAAGAAGAAAAAUGGGGCCGUCAGCCUUCAGAUCCUUUUACGGGGCUUCUCUAUACAGAGAAAAGAAAACCGAUCUUCAAUCCUGCGCUUAAAUCGCGUAUAGACGAAUUUCUUCUCAAACAUUCGGAUUCGUCAAAGUUUCAAUCAGUGCCACGUACCGUAAGUUCUAAUCUACGCUCAUCGUUCAAUAGUGAUCUUCCAUACUCACAUUCUGUACCGAAGAGGCGAAAAUUAGAGAACAAAUCGGCAGAAAUAAACACUCAAUGCUCUCCCUUAGAAUUUGCUCAAUUUGAAUUUGUUCAAAGUGUUCAGAAUUUGUUCAAAGUGUUCUCGCAACGGCCACAAGAUAUACUUUACCUAGUAGUAUUGACGAAACAGACACUAAAUGCCGGCGUUGUAGCAAGCAAAACGAAUGCUUGUAUAAGAUUACUACUUGUCAGCAUAUCAUCUGUCGAAAUUGUUUAGAUAUUCAUGAACGGAACCUAAUAAAUUGUGCUUGUGGUACUGUGUUUCAGAGAAGGCAUGUUGAAAGAUAUCGUAGGUAGACAUAGACUUACACUUUUUUUUUGUAAUUUUGUCAUAAACGAAUGUGUGGAUAAAAUAAUUGAAAUGAAUAGAUUUGAAUAUGAAAGUGCUGAUUAUUUUUCUUCGAAAAUCAUUCCAGAACAUCAUUAAUUAUCAAAUGUCUUGAGAUUUGUGAUACUUGUGAUUGU